AUGUCCGGCAGCAUCAUCAUCAUUGGAGCCGGAUUCGCAGGUGUCUGGAGCGCCCUGUCUGCCAGACGCCUCAUCAAAAUCCACGGACAGAGCGAAGCCUUCAAAGUUACUGUUAUAGCUCCGCAGUCAUGCCUUAUCAUGCGGCCACGACUGUACGAAGCAAAUCCGUCUAACAUGAGUCAAGAACUCGGACCACUAUUUGAGGCAUCCGAGGCAGCGGGCGUGCUUGGUCCAGAGCUGGGACCUGGUCCUCGACCGGUGAUCACUCAAGCGUUGGAUGAGCUUGGAAUCGAACUUAGACUCGGCUCGCCUAUUACAGCAGUCGAAUCAGAGGGUGUUCAACUCGCAUCUGGAGAGAUAAUCGAGACUAUGACGACCAUUUGGACCGCGGGAGUGAGAGCAACACCGUUGACGCAGAAAAUCCCCGGACCCAAGGAUAAGCUAUCACGCCUCCACGUCGACCGCUACCUGCGCGCCGUGUCAUCAGAGCGCGUCUUUGCCACUGGUGAUGCUGCUUACGCCGCCUCUGACAGCAAUGGGCAUUACGCGCUGAUGUCCUGCCAGCACGCCCUUCAGCUUGGUCGUGUCUCGGGAUACAACGCUGCUGCAGACCUCUUGGGAGUUCCCCUUUUCGAGUAUAAACAGGAAUCGUACAAUUGUUGUCUUGAUCUUGGAGCAUGGGGGGCUGUGGUUACGAGUGGUUGGGAUAGGAAGUGUUGGUAUCACAGGCGUGAUACAUUUCCUCAUGAGGGUGUAUCUUCGGCAACAAUCACGUCGAUGUCCGUGAUAAUUGCUGUUGUUGUUCUUCCUAUUUACAUUGUGGGCAGGGGUCGGUCGAAGUAGGUGGUGACGGCCUGGGUGGUUGCCCCACCUUAACCGGCCGUGAUGACUAAGCCGGUUGUCCCACUUCGCCCAGGGCAGGCGCCAGCCAGCCCACGAUACCUGCCCAUUGCUCCUUAUCAGCCUUGCCGUUCCGACAGGAAGAUACGCUUCUCGGGGGAGUCGGCAAAACAGGCCAAGAUGUUCCCUAACCAGAGGUUGAUAUACACGCCCGACGACUGUCAACAAGCACUAGAAGCGGCUAACCCCGUUGGGCCUGACUCUGACGAAUUGUUCAAGCAAAUCAUGGAUGCCGCUCCACAGCAGUUGCGCUAGUGGGCCUAUUAUUUAUGUAAACCUUAGUUCUCUAACCUGAAGGACGG